AGCUCAAUAUGUCCCCCUUGAACACGUGGUAACUUCAUUUGGAUAUGGAGAAGGAGGGCAAGGAAGGGCGGGAAAACGGAGGAGAAAAUGGCACAAGUGACACCAAAGAGGCAGAAAAUACUCAGACUGCAGACAACGAAGUACCAGAGAAGUGUGGAGUAGAACGCGAUACAGGGAAUGGCGUAGAUCAAAAUGUGGCUGAUGGUAUUAAGACAGACGCCUGCCCAGGUCCUAAAGUGCUGCCAGGAACGGGACUUGACCCCCAUACUGAAGAUGCUUCUGUUGACACUUCGGGAAAGACAGAUGGAGAGGAAAGUGGAGGACCGCAGAUAACUGAUGCCUCUUCCGAACCCAAAGAAACCAAACCAAAGACAGGUGCGCUGCAAUGAAAGAAUAGGGAUUAGUUUGAUAAUUAUUAGUGGGCAAGUCCAAAGUACCAAGUCCUAAAUUUACAUAGUAUGUGUCAUUUCACUUCACUUUUUUCUGAUCCGAGCUAUUGUUGGGUCGGGGCAAUUAACUCAUAUUUUGCCCUUUCACAACUUAGAAUUAUAUUUAUAUAAUAAGAAAACCGAGACGAUUUGGUUACCUUUUGAUCCGAAUUCUUGGUUUAUUUACACAACUCGAGCAACAUCUUGGAAUUAGCAUAUUCAUAAAUCAUCUAAUUUGCAUAUUCGUAACACUAUAGGGUUAAAUACUUGAUACAAUAUAAAGACGUAUCCUUACAUCUCCAUAAGGAUAUAUCAAACAUUCGAGCUGUGCACAAGGAUUGGCUAACAUACAUUGCAUGCCCGAGUAAUGACUUAUCAUUUCUUUCUUAUAAAAUCAUCAUAUUAUGGUAAUCUCACAUGAAGACGUUUAGGAUCGCCACCAUCUCUCUGUUCGCCACAAAUUUUGAACGUGUUCAAAUCUUUUGAAUAUACACUAGAACUAAUCCCGCUUAAACCCCUAUUGUUCAAAUUUAAAGGGGUCGUUUUCAGAAAUUUUACAUUGUCUUGAACGUUGUUAUCGAUAUUGUGUUUGA